CAACACAUUUAUCUUCAUGCUCGUGCUAUUUGAAGAGUGUUGCUGAGGCGAGAUGGUUUAGGACGACCUUCACUGAGAUGUCUGCCGUCUCUAUCAGAAAACCUCUGAUAAACUCACUGCUGUAAGAUUAAACAGACACACUUUGAAACAGACAAACUCUUACUGAAGACUGUCAUGUGAUUUGUUAAGAAUUACACAUAGUAAAAGACAAACAUCAAAACAAACAUGAUCGUAUCACACAGUUAAAGAUAUAGCUUCCAUAUUUAUUGUAGUGUUUGGGUGUUCUUCUGACAAAUAAGGAAAUUACUAUCUAUUCUUGACAACCGGACCAUCGGUUGUGAAAUUAUAGAAAUAUCACUAAAUAUCUAAAAACGUUUUAAUGAUGUAUAGUUUGUAAACCACAAGCACAUAGCAUACCUACAUUCAUGUUGUACACAUCUGCAAAACAAAGAAGCCGUGCACAUGAACAGGGGUUCAAUCGUACAAAGAAAACAACUAAUGUAAAACACAAUAUAUUGUUAAACAGGAUAAUGAACAAGAAAUCCUAUCAUGAAGGUCUAUCUAAUAUUUCUGAAGGCUGAGCAGUACAUGGAAACAUUCUUAGAGGUGAUAGCUGUCUAUAUAAGGACAUCAACAACUAAAGGUCUCAUUACUGACCCCACACCACUUGAAACUCUUGAUAACAACACGUGUUACUUUAUUUGCUCUUCUUGUGUUCUGUGCAUCCUUAUUUGGCUCUUGGUUAGUCUCUAUAAAAACCGAGCGCUGGCGCUUUGUGCCAUCUAAAGUUUCCUAAGCCGAGGUCUGUUCAUCAAUUCUCACAGUACCUGUAAGACUCCAGCUCUCACGAUGGGUGAUGCUCUGAUGGCAGAGUUCGGAAAGGCUGCUCCCUACCUGAGAAAGUCUGAUAAAGAGCGUCUGGAAGCUCAGACGAGAGCCUUUGACAUCAAAACUGAAUGCUUCGUUGCGGAUGAAAAAGUGGAGUUUGUUAAGGGGAAGAUCGUGAGCAAGGAUGGUGGGAAGGUCACCGUGAACACUGACGACGGCAGAACGGUGACCGCCAAGGACUCGGACGUGCAUCCCCAGAAUCCACCGAAAUUUGAUAAAAUCGAAGACAUGGCUAUGCUCACUUUCCUCCACGAGCCUGCGGUACUGUUCAACCUCAAAGAGCGUUACGCAGCCUGGAUGAUCUACACUUACUCAGGGCUGUUCUGUGCUACGGUCAACCCUUACAAGUGGCUACCGGUGUAUGACUCAGAGGUUGUAGCUGCUUACAGAGGUAAGAAGAGAACAGAGGCUCCUCCUCAUAUCUUUUCUAUCUCGGAUAACGCAUAUCAAUACAUGCUGACCGAUCGAGAGAACCAGUCUGUGCUCAUCACCGGAGAAUCCGGUGCGGGAAAGACUGUCAACACCAAGAGGGUCAUCCAGUACUUUGCAAGCAUCGCUGCUGCCGGAGGAGCUGGAAAAAAAGACUCUGGCAAGGGAAGCCUGGAGGAUCAAAUCAUUCAGGCUAACCCUGCACUCGAGGCCUUUGGCAAUGCCAAAACACUGAGAAACGACAACUCGUCACGAUUUGGCAAAUUCAUCCGUAUUCAUUUCGGGACAAGUGGCAAACUCUCCUCUGCAGAUAUUGAAACGUAUUUGUUGGAGAAGUCUCGUGUGACCUACCAGCUAAAGGCUGAGAGGGACUAUCACAUCUUCUACCAGAUCUUGUCCAAUGAGAAACCUGAACUCCUAGACAUGCUGCUGAUAACCAACAAUCCAUACGACUACUCAUACAUCUCUCAAGGAGAAGUAACCGUGGCAUCUAUCAAUGACAACGAGGAGCUGAUUGCUACGGACAAGGCCUUUGAUGUACUUGGCUUUACACCAGAAGAGAAGAUGGGAGUCUACAAACUGACAGGUGCUAUCAUGCACUACGGCAACAUGAAAUUCAAACAGAAACAACGUGAAGAGCAGGCAGAGCCCGAUGGCACAGAGGACGCAGAUAAGGCAUCUUAUCUAAUGGGGAUGAACUCAGCUGAUCUGUUGAAAGGCCUCUGCCAUCCAAGGGUCAAGGUAGGCAACGAGUAUGUCACCAAAGGACAGAGUGUAGACCAAGUGUAUUACUCAGUUGGCGCAGUGGCAAAGUCAGUGUACGAGAAAAUGUUCAACUGGAUGGUUGUGAGAAUCAAUCAUUCCCUUGACACCAAGCAACACCGCCAGCAUUUUAUCGGUGUGCUAGAUAUCGCUGGCUUUGAGAUCUUUGAUUUCAACACAUUUGAGCAACUCUGCAUCAACUUUACAAACGAAAAGCUGCAACAAUUUUUCAACCACCACAUGUUUGUGCUAGAGCAAGAGGAGUACAAGAAAGAGGGGAUUGAAUGGGAGUUUAUAGACUUUGGUAUGGACCUUCAAGCUUGCAUUGAUCUGAUUGAGAAACCCCUAGGUAUCAUGUCCAUUCUGGAGGAAGAGUGUAUGUUUCCAAAAGCUAGUGAUCAGACUUUCAAGGCAAAGCUCUAUGACAACCACCUGGGCAAAACGAACAUUUUCCAGAAGCCACGUGUUGUGAAAGGGAAGACAGAGGCACACUUUGCUUUAUCUCACUAUGCAGGCACUGUUGAUUAUAACAUUUCAGGCUGGCUGGUGAAAAACAAAGACCCACUGAAUGAAACAGUUGUCGGGCUCUAUCAAAAAUCCUCUUUAAAGUUGUUGAGUCAUCUCUUCUCGAGUUAUGCAGGAGCAGAAGGAGGUGAAAAGUCAGGUGGGAAAGGAGCCAAGAAAAAGGGCUCGUCUUUUCAAACAGUGUCAGCCCUGCACAGAGAAAACCUUAACAAAUUAAUGAACAAUCUGAAAACCACACACCCACACUUUGUCCGCUGUUUGAUUCCAAAUGAGACCAAGACUCCUGGCAUCAUGGACAACUGCCUUGUCAUGCAUCAGCUUCGCUGCAAUGGGGUUCUAGAGGGUAUCAGGAUUUGCAGGAAAGGUUUUCCGAACAGGAUACUCUAUGGUGAUUUCAAGCAGAGGUACAGAAUCCUGAAUGCAUCUGCCAUCCCAGAAGGACAGUUCAUUGAGAACAAAAAGAGCGCUGAGAAGCUGUUAGGCUCGCUGGACAUUGACCACACACAAUACAAAUUUGGACACACAAAAGUCUUCUUCAAAGCUGGCCUGCUCGGUACCCUGGAGGAGAUGCGAGAUAAUCAACUUGCUUCUAUCCUCACAAGGAUCCAAGCCUAUGCCCGUGGCUUACUCAUGAGGGUCGAGUACCAGAAACUUGUGGAGCGCAGAGAUGCUCUAAUGAUCAUCCAGUGGAACCUUCGUUCCUUCCUCGGUGUGAAAAACUGGCCGUGGAUGAAACUGUUCUUUAAGAUAAAACCUCUGCUGAGGAGUGCCGAGUCUGAAAAAGAGAUGGCAAACAUAAAGGACGAAUUUAACAAAUUGAAGGAAGCGUUGGAGAAAUCUGAGGCUAGGAGGAAAGAGUUGGAAGAAAAGAUGGUCACGACCCUUCAAGAAAAGAACGAUUUGCUACUUCAGCUGCAGUCAGAGCAAGACACCUUAACUGAUGCUGAGGAGAGAUGUGAACAGCUCAUAAAAAGCAAGAUCCAGCAGGAAGCUAAAGUAAAAGAGCUGUCAGAACGCAUAGAGGACGAGGAAGAGAUUAACGCAGAUCUCGGAGCCAAAAAACGUAAGCUGGAGGAUGAAUGCUCUGAGCUCAAGAAAGAUAUAGAUGACCUUGAGCUGACACUAGCCAAAGUUGAAAAAGAAAAACAUGCCACGGAGAACAAAGUAAAAAAUCUCACUGAGGAAAUGGCUUCCCUUGAUGAGAACAUAAUGAAACUCACCAAAGAGAAAAAAGCUCUUCAAGAGGCUCACCAGCAGACCCUGGAUGACCUGCAGAGCGAGGAGGACAAAGUGAAUACGUUGACCAAAGCUAAAGUUAAACUUGAACAACAGGUGGAUGACCUUGAGGGCUCACUGGAACAAGAAAAAAAAGUUAGGAUGGACCUAGAACGCAGCAAGAGAAAACUGGAAGGCGAUGUUAAACUCACUCAGGAAAAUGUCAUGGAUUUAGAGAACGACAAACUGCAACUUGAGGAGAAACUCAAAAAGAAGGACUUUGAAAUCAACCAGCUCAAUGGAAAGGUUGAAAAUGAACAAACCGUCUCAGUGCAGCUUCAGAAAAAACAAAAAGAAAAUCAAGCCAGAAUUGAAGAACUGGAGGAGGAACUGGAUGCCGAGCGUGCGGCCCGUGCAAAGGUGGAAAAACAACGAUCUGAUCUUUCUCGAGAACUGGAAGACAUCAGUGAGAGACUAGAGGAAGCGGGUGGAGCCACAUCUGCUCAAGUGGAGCUCCACAAAAAAAGAGAGGCUGAGUUUCAGAAGUUACGCAGAGACCUCGACGAAUCAACCCUUCAGCAUGAGGCCACAACUGCCACUCUUCGGAAGAAACAUGCAGACAGUGUGGCUGAACUUGGAGAACAGAUUGACAACCUGCAAAGGGUUAAACAGAAGUUAGAGAAAGAGAAAACGGAAUUCAAGUUGGAACUGGAUGACCUUUCUUCAAACAUGGAGAGUGUUGUGAAGGCAAAAGUCAAUCUUGAAAAACUGUGUCGUUCACUGGAAGAUCAGAUGAAUGAGCAUCGGUCAAGAGCUGAAGAAGCCCAGAGAGCUCUUAAUGAUCUGUCCACUCAGAAAGCCAAACUACUGACUGAAAACGGCGAACUUGGACGACAAAUGGAGGAGAAGGAAUGCCUUAUUUCUCAGCUCACAAGAGGAAAGACCUCCUACACCCAGCAACUUGAGGACCUGAAAAGACAACUUGAAGAAGAGCUUAAAGCAAAGAACGCUCUUGCUCACGCUGUACAGUCAGCACGGCACGAUUGUGACUUACUGAGAGAACAGUUUGAGGAGGAACAAGAGGCAAAAGCUGAACUCCAAAGAGCAUUGUCCAAGGCUAAUGCAGAAGUAGCAACGUGGAGGGCGAGAUAUGAAACUGAUGGUAUUCAGAGAACGGAGGAACUGGAGGAAGCCAAGAAGAAACUUGUUCAAAAACUGCAAGAAGCAGAGGAGGCGGUGGAAGCGGUGAACGCAAAGUGUUCUUCUCUUGAAAAAACGAAACAUCGCCUGCAAAAUGAGAUUGAAGAUCUGAUGCUGGACCUUGAACGCUCGAAUGCUGCAUCUGCUGCCCUGGACAAAAAACAAAGAUCCUUUGACAAAAUCAUUGCAGAGUGGAAACAAAAGUAUGAAGAGGCACAAUGUGAGCUUGAAGGAACGCAAAAGGAAUCACGCAGUUUAAGUACAGAGCUCUUUAAACUCAAGAAUUCCUAUGAAGAAGCUCUAGACCAUCUUGAAACCAUUAAGAGAGAAAACAAGAAUCUACAGGAGGAAAUCUCAGACCUAACAGAUCAAGUGAGUGAAGGACGAAAAAACGUUCAUGAGUUAGAAAAACUGAGGAAACAGCUAGAGCAAGAGAAAGCGGAGUUACAGUCUGCACUGGAGGAGGCCGAUGCCUCUGUUGAACAUGAAGAAGGAAAAAUCAUACGAGCUCAACUAGAGUUCAAUCAGGUUAAGGCAGAGAUGGAACGCAAGAUAGCUGAGAAAGAUGAGGAAAUGGACCAAACAAAGAGAAACUACCAACGUUUGAUUGAAAACUUGCAAGCCUCUCUCGAGGCAGAGACGAGAAGCCGAAACGAGGUUUUGAGAGUGAAAAAGAAGAUGGAGGGGGACCUCAACGAAAUGGAAAUUCAGCUGAGCCAGGCCAACAGACAGGCAGCAGAUGCCCAGAAACAGUUAAAGAUAGUCCAGUCGUGUUUAAAAGAUACUCAACUCCUGAUGGAUGACACGCUUCACGGUAAUGAAGAUCUUAAAGAAAACAUUGCCCUGCUGGAGCGCAGAAACAACCUCAUGCAAGCAGAGCUAGAAGAGCUGAGAGCUGUGGUGGAACAAACAGAGAGAGGUCGCAAACUAGCCGAGCAGGAACUCACAGAAGCAACGGAGAGGAUGCAACUCCUGCACUCCCAAAACACCAGCCUCAUCAACCAAAAAAAGAAACAAGACACUGACCUGCUUCAGCUUCAGAAUGAGAUGGAGGAGCUGGUUCAGGAAUACCGCAACGCAGAAGAGAAGGCAAAGAAAGCCAUCACCGACGCGGCUAUGAUGGCAGAGGAGCUGAAGAAAGAACAGGACACUAGUGCACACCUAGAGAGGAUGAAGAAAAACAUGGAACAGACCAUCAAAGACCUUCAACACCGUCUGGAUGAGGCAGAGCAACUGGCGAUGAAGGGUGGAAAGAAGCAGCUGCAGAAGAUGGAGGGCCGUAUCCGUGAACUCGAGAAUGAGUUAGAAGCGGAGCAGAAACGCGGCUCAGAGUCCAUCAAAGGUGUGCGCAAAUACGAGCGCCGCAUAAAAGAGCUCACAUAUCAGACAGACGAGGACCGCAAGAACAUGGCAAGACUUCAGGACUUAGUGGACAAGCUGCAGUUGAAAGUAAAGGCCUACAAACGUUCUGCCGAAGAGGCCGAGGAACAGGGUAACACUAACUUAGCUAAAUUGCGAAAACUGCAGCAUGAGCUGGAAGAGGCUGAGGAGCGCGCCGACAUCGCAGAAUCUCAAGUCAACAAACUGCGAGCGAAAACUAGAGAUGGUGUGCCUGGAAAGAAAUCUCAAGAUGGGUAAUGUCUCAACAGUUCAGUUUACAGACAUUUGCUUGAUCGUUAAAGAUUAAGAUAACACGUUUUUAAAAAUCGUAGAAGGAAAUAUCUAUCAAGCAUUAAAUACAUUAAAUACUAAAGAGACAAUGCAUGUUAACACAAUCAGCUGAUGAAACAGUGAUUAUUUCAAAUUAAAGAAUUAUUCUUGCUUUGAAUUUCACAUCUGCUUUCAUGUGGCAACAGAAAUAAAAUUCUUUCAAAAAGA